AUGGCUGAACGAAGAAAAGAAGAGUUACUGAAAAAGAGACAAAAACUCGAGGAACUUCGAAGAGCUAGAGAAGAGAGGAAAAAAGAAAAACCUGACGAACCUGCAGACAAAAUAGAAGAAAAACCUAAUUCGAGUACAAAUAAAAAGGAAGAGUUACAAAGACUUCUUCUUGAAUUGAAUCUGCCUAGCAAUAACAAACCGCAAACGCCCACCAGUACUAAACUUGAAUCAGAAACCCCUGAAGAACAACCCACUGCUUCACCUAUUCCAGACGAGUCCACUCCCACUCCUAGCCAAAUAGCUCCUUCAAGUCCUUCAAUACAAGCAAGUCGGUUUAUUCCUAAUUUUAUUACUUUCGAAGCAGUUAUACUAGAUAUACCGCCAAAGGAAAUUGUACACUAUAAUAAAGAAGUACAAACAAAAGACACUUCUUUUGAGCCACCACCACCUUCGGAAGAUGAAAUUCGCGCAAAAAUUGUUAAAGAAUUUGAAGAAGCGGAAAAACAACGCAAAGCCUAUGAAGAAGAACAAAAAAUCAAAGCUGAAAUAGAAAAGAAGAGAGAAGCAAAAUUAUGGGAAUUAUCCGAGGAAGAAAAGAAGAUUAUUUUUAAUUUACCGGAAUUCAGAGAUUUCAUUGACACUUCUACAAAAUAUGUAGAAAGAGCAAUCAAUGAAAAUUAUGAUAUUAUGAGAGAUUAUAGAGAAGGAGAAGAUGUUGAUGAUGAUGAAGAGGAAGGACCACGUGUAAAAUAUGUGUGUUCGUACUUUGAUGAUCGCUGGAAUAAAAAUCGAUCUGUUACUGAUGUAAAUUGGUCAAAAAAGAAUCCAGAACUUUUUAUUGCAUCGUACAAUAAAAAUCCAUAUGCAGUCAAUGAUCCAGAUGGAAUCGUUUGUGUAUGGAGUUUACGUUUAUUAGAUCGCCCUGAAUUCAUUUUCCAUUCACAAUCGGAUGUUCUUACUACAAUGUUUUCUGAAUUUCAUCCAAGCUAUAUUAUUGGAGGAACAUAUUCCGGUCAAAUCUUAGUUUGGGAUAUGAGAUCAAAGUCUUUACCAGUUUUUAAGACUCCUCUGGGAGCUGCUGGUCAUACGCAUCCCGUAUAUGCAAUGCAAAUGGUUGGAACACAGAAUGCCCAUAAUCUAAUUACUGCAAGUACAGAUGGAUUAGUUUGUUCUUGGCAAUUAGAUAUGAUGACUCAACCACAAGAAUCUUUAGAACUUGUUCAUACAGAUCAUCCUAAAACCGAAGAAGUAUCGGUUACAACUUUUGGUUUUCAAAAAAAUGAAUCUACAGCUUUUUGGGUUGGAACGGAAGAAGGAAAUAUUUAUCAAGCAAAUAGAUAUGCGCACGCUGGAGGAAAAGCUGGUAUCAACCAUCAUGACACUUAUAAAGGACAUUGGGGACCUGUUACAGGACUUCACUUCCAUCCUAUUGAUGGCCAAGUUGAUUUCUCGGAUUUAUUCUUAACAUCGUCAGUUGAUUGGACUGUUAAGUUAUGGCGUGCCAAGUCUGUAUCGAAACCAACAGCUGGGUCGCAAAGUAUUUCACCAUUAUAUUCCUUUGAAGGAGCAGACGAUUAUAUUUAUGAUGUAAAAUGGUCCCCUACCAAUCCAGCCGUAUUUGGAUGUGUAGACGGAAAAGGAAACUUUUCCUUAUGGAAUAUAAAUACGGAUACUGAAGUACCUAUUUCAACUACUAAAGUUGGUGACCGCGCAUUGAAUAAAAUUCAAUGGGAUAAAGAUGGAAAGAGAGCCGCUAUUGGAUCAUCAGAUGGUCGUGUACAUGUUUAUGACGUUGGCGAGUUAUGCAAUCCACGCGAAGAAGAAUGGAAUGUUAUGCAAACGAAAAUAUCAGAAAUGAUGGAUACUCAUGAUGCUAAUGCUGGAAGAUACGCUUUAGCAAAAUAA